AUGUCGCGAUCCUUUGCGUGGUUCUGGCGCGUACUGCUGCUACAGGCAGCCCUCGUGACCAUCACAGUGUCCUGUAUCCCACCUUUCAACGAUUUCAAGUACACCGACAAUGCCACCUUGCUCGAAGAAGCAGUGCUACAGCAUGAUGCUAACCCUGCGAUGGGCUGGGCACAUGUACUUGGAGGCACAAGUCCCAUAAAGCCGUGGCCGAAGGAUGAUGCAGGUCUUGUCAAGAUCAAGUACUGCUGGUCCAACUCUGAAACCAGAGAGAAACUGAGAGAAGUCAUCCAAGGCGGCUGGGAGGUGUGGCACGAAUUACUGGGCGCCGGUGGGCCUGAUGUAGGCCAUCGUCUCGGAGGGUUGUCGGAACACGUGGAUGGUGAAGAGACGAUCUUCUGCUGGCUCGACGAGGAUCGUCAGGAAUGGAAUCCUAAGGUUCCGAGCGGUACUUUGGUAAUUGACAUCAUACCUGACAAGACCUGGGGAGGCUUCGCAACGAUGGGAUACAACCCAGUAGACUGGGACAAUCGCCCUCACAGAAACCAACUUCGAAUGGGCUGGAGUAAGGCUUUCGCCAGCAAUCCGGCCUUCCAACACUGGAUUGCCGCUCAUGAGAUCGGGCAUGUCUUUGGGCUGACACACGAGCACCAGCGUCCUGAUCGGGAUCACUACGUCCACUUCGAAUGCAAAUACCUGGCCAACUACAACAAGGCCGAGCAGAUAGCCCGCACCUCCACCAGCAUGACCAUGGACAAGCUCUGCCAAUCGCCCAUCUACUCUCUUCUCUGGCCAUGGAAUCAGCUCAACUUCGUGCCACACGAGUACUCAACCCAAGGCUACUACGACAUGCACCACACAGACCAAGACGGCAAGCCCGACGGCUUCGAUCAUCGCUACACUGUCACGCAUGACCGCGACUACGAUCUGAAGUCCAUUAUGCACUAUCCAAGCGUCAUAAACGUGGCAAGUGGUGGUCUUUUGUGCUUGCCGCAGAUGCCGCUUGUCGCAUGGAAGGAGGGCGGAGAGGAGUAUGAGCCGCCGAAGGAGGCUACGAUCGAGAAUGCGGUGAUGAUUGGUUUCAAUCUAGUGCCGACGGAGAGCGAUUUGAAGGCAGUGAAGAUGUUAUACCCAUGGGAGGGGUGAAGGCCAUCUAGGCGGCAUUCCGCGUCCGGCGUUCGAAACGAAGUAUGCGAGAAAUGGCGAAAAUGAAAUCAACGAUCGAGGUCGAGUAAAUUGGGGAGGAC